AUGCAAUCCGAAGGGGGUCCACCUGCCCAAGUUCAAGCGGAAGAUAACGUCACAGAGGCCAAUGACGGUAACCACGAUGACGGCGAUUCAGCAUUUGCGCCUAGCGAAGGUGAUGAGAGCUCGACAGCGUCAAUCACUUCGAGUAUCCUCGAAUACCGGACAAAAAACGGGAGAGUGUAUCAUAGGGAAGGGAAAUAUUUCCUACCCAAUGACGAGAGAGAAUUAGACCGUUUGGAUCUGCAACACCACAUGUUCCUUCUUACCUUUGAUAACAAGUUAUGCCUCUGCCCAAUCCCCCAGGACAAGCAGUUGCACCGUGUGCUCGAUGUAGGCACCGGAACUGGUAUCUGGGCGAUGGAUUUUGCUGACGAUCACCCUGAAUCCAAAGUUACUGGUGUUGAUCUCAGCCCUACCCAACCAUCAUUCGUCCCGCCCAAUGUGUUCUUCGAGGUUGACGACCUGGAGAAGCCAUGGACUUUCAACCAGAAGUUCAACUUUAUCCACUGUCGCAUGAUGACAGUCUCAUUCUCAGACUGGCCUGGAUUCUUCGAAAGGGCUUUCGAAUUUCUCGAGCCGGGUGGCUACAUUGAAGUAACAGAUACCUCCCUACCUGCCCGUGCGGAUGAUGACUCGCUCCACACCAAUUCCGCAUUACAAAAGUGGUGUGAGAUGUUUCUCGAAGCGUCUAGAAAUAUCGGCCGUCCCGCCAAUAGCGCAGAAUCAUACAAAUCGCAGAUGGAAGCCGCUGGCUUUCAAAAUGUUGUAGAGCGAAAGUUUAGGUGGCCGCUGGAUCCCUGGCCUGAAGAUCAAAAGCUCAAAAUGUUGGGGCGGUGCACAUUUGCAAACGUCUAUCAAGACCUCACGGGAAUCAGCGUGGAGUUGUUCACAAAUGGUUUGGAAUUAUCGACAGAAGAAGUGGAAGUACUCUUAGUCGACGUUAGGAAAGAAAUGAAAGAUACGAAGAUCCAUGCUUAUUUUCCAGUACACGUCUUCUACGCGCAAAAGCCAAGUUAG